UAAAUUAAAUUGAUCGCGCCUCGCGACACUCGCGUUCGCCGCGGUGGCGAAAUUUACACCAAAAUCGCCCGAAGCGCUUGAAAUUUUUCGUCGCCGUGUGAAAGCGUCGGGCAAAGUGAUAGGUGUUCGACACAGUUCGCGCUGUUUACAAACUCAAAAUGGCAAAACGGUCGAUGUGCGCGCGUAAUAAUAGUGCGAUGGUAAUUGAGCGUUUUCAUUAGUCGGUCAAAUGUCAAGUUAAGUGAAUUAAUUCGUUUAAGUAGCAUUCCAUGAUCGUAGUCUAUUUUUAGAGUGUAUUUUCAAUCGUGUUGCGUGUGAGUGUGUGUGUGUAUGACUGCGGCGACGAUGCAACAAGCAGAAACAUCAUCGAUUCAUCGGCCGAGGGAACGUCGACAUCGAUUCGAGUCGUUGCUGCGACCGCCUCUUCGCAGUGUCGCUUCUGAUCUCCGAGUAUGUACUCCGACAGCAGCGAGUCUCGAGAGAAAAUCUGUCGUGCGAAUUUCACGCUUCCUGCUUGGGUCGUUUCGACGUUCCCACGGCGAUUUCGCGUUACGAAACUUUGAUGGCUGCCAUGCCUACCACGGGUACGAUAACUUGUCCAAGAUCCAUCCUUCACUACCGAAGAGUUGUACAGCGAGUUUGUUCUAUCGAAUUUUCAGCGGCUCCGUACACUGCGUGCUUGAGGUAAGAGGAGCUUACCGAAACCAGAUUACGUCUUGUAGUCAGGACGAGUGA